GACACCACCGCGGAGGUCCGUGGGGCGGGACCUGGGAACCUGGGACCGUCCGCUCCGUGGGCCGAGAGUUCGGGUGGGAAACAAAACAGCAGCUCCUGGGGAGGAGACCGCGGCUGCGAGCCGGCCGGCCCCGCCGAGAACGAAGACCUAAUCCAGAGCCUACAGGUGACAGCAGCCCUCGGUCCAUAGACAGCUUGGCCUGGAGGAGAACACAUGAAAGAAAGAACUCCAAGAGGCUUUGUUUUCUGUGAAAAGGUAUUUCUAUACAGUUGCUCCAAUGACAGAGAUACCUGCACCCUUGUCCUACUUCCAGAAUGCACAGAUGUCCGAAGACAGCCACCUGAGCAAUACUGUACGUAGCCAGAAUGACAGUCAUGAUCGACAAGAGCACAGCAACAGACGGAGACUUGAUAGCCCUGAGCCAGUAUCUAAUGGCAGACCCCAGAGUAACGCACGGCAGGUGGUGGAGCAGGAUGAGGAAGAAGAUGAGGAGCUGACAUUGAAAUAUGGCGCCAAACAUGUCAUCAUGCUCUUUGUCCCUGUGACCCUCUGCAUGGUUGUUGUAGUGGCUACCAUCAAAUCAGUCAGCUUUUACACGCGGAAAGAUGGGCAGCUCAUCUACACCCCGUUCACAGAAGACACAGAGACUGUGGGCCAGAGAGCCCUGCACUCCAUUCUGAAUGCAGCCAUCAUGAUCAGCGUCAUUGUUGUCAUGACUGUCCUCCUAGUGGUUCUGUAUAAAUACAGGUGCUAUAAGGUCAUCCAUGGCUGGCUUAUUGUUUCAUCUCUAUUAUUGCUAUUCUUCUUUUCAUUCAUUUACUUGGGAGAAGUUUUUAAGACCUACAAUGUUGCUGUGGACUACAUUACAGUUGCACUCCUGAUCUGGAACUUUGGUGUUGUGGGAAUGAUUGCCAUUCACUGGAAGGGCCCACUCCGGCUCCAGCAGGCAUAUCUCAUUAUGAUCAGUGCCCUCAUGGCCCUGGUAUUUAUCAAGUACCUUCCUGAAUGGACUGCAUGGCUCAUCCUGGCUGUGAUUUCAGUAUAUGAUUUAGUGGCUGUGUUGUGCCCAAAAGGCCCACUUCGUAUGCUGGUUGAAACAGCUCAGGAGAGAAAUGAAACACUCUUCCCAGCUCUUAUUUACUCCUCAACAAUGGUGUGGUUGGUGAAUAUGGCUGAAGGAGACCCAGAAGCCCCAAGAAGGGUAUCCAAAAACCCCAAGUUUAACACACAAAGCACAGAAAGAGAGGCGCAGGACUCUGGCACUGGGAAUGAUGAUGGCGGCUUCAGUGAGGAGUGGGAAGCCCAGAGGGACAGUCAUCUGGGGCCCCAUCGCUCUACCCCCGAGUCACGGGCUGCCGUCCAAGAGCUCUCCAGCAGCAUCCUAACCAGUGAAGACCCAGAGGAAAGGGGAGUAAAACUUGGAUUAGGAGAUUUCAUUUUCUACAGUGUUCUGGUUGGUAAAGCCUCUGCAACUGCCAGUGGAGACUGGAACACAACCAUAGCCUGUUUCGUAGCCAUAUUAAUUGGUCUGUGCCUUACGCUACUCCUCCUCGCCAUUUUCAAGAAAGCGUUGCCAGCUCUUCCGAUCUCCAUCACCUUUGGCCUCGUUUUCUAUUUUGCCACAGAUUACCUUGUGCAACCCUUUAUGGACCAAUUAGCAUACCAUCAAUUUUAUAUCUAGCACAUUUGAGUCUCAUGGAUGCUUCUUUUUGACUCUAAUAAAAUCUUCAGGGGACAAAAGUGAUUUUACUGUGUCCUCAUCUAACAAAGUCAGGAUUCCCAGCUGGAAUUUUGCAGCUUCCUUCCAAGUUGUCCUGACCACCUUCAUUAUUGGACAUUGGAAGGAAGUAUCUACAAAAAAAUGGUUUUGACCAUACUUUAUUGCAGUAGAUGAUGUCCCUCUGCAGAAAUGACCAGAUAUGAGGAGGUCCAAGGACAAGGAAAUGUGAUGGGCCAAGAAGUUGCUGUGCUCCACCAGCAAUUUUGACCCUAGGCACACAAGACUUUACCAACACUGCGAACUCUCAGGACUCCGUGACCAAGAGGUUAAAUGAAGUGGUGAAACCCAGACAGACUCUUCAUAAGACUUCAAGCACGUGCUGGAAAUAAUGUGUGUGAGUGGAAUUCUGAAGGUCCUGGAAGGAGAGCGGUGGCGGCAGCAUAGCGGCGAACGCAAGACUCGGCUGUCCCUGCAGGCGCCUUCAGUUUUUAGGACCUUUCCCCACUUUGAAUCACAUCAGAUGCAUAGGUUGGUUUUAACAAUUUUUGUUCUCAAGCACUGAUUCUGUAGCUGUCUGAACUUAUUUGGGGUUGCUAUAUCCUGAAAGUCUUGGUUCUAAAUUUAGUGAUUUCUGGAAAUAAUGGAACUAUUGCUUAAUAAUUCUCUAUCCUUAAGUAAAUUCUGUAUUUUCCACCAAAUUCUUAAUUUUUAGACAUAUCUGAGUUCACUUUUGCCCCCAGGUGCCUCCACCUGUCUUUCCCGUCAUUGUCACAGCAGUUCUCUUGACAGCAAAUGAGGCAGCUCUCUAAUGGUAGCAAGUAGCCCAAUUAAGUCAAGGUUCUCUUCAUAUGAUGCAAAUAAUGUGUAUGAAUCAAUGCUGUGAGCCUUGCUGUCACAGCUCCCACGGUGACAAAUUAGAUGUGUGCCCAAAGCAUUAAAGGGUAAAAUGGCUGGUGAAGCA